AUGCGUCUUGUUAAAAUAAUAUACCUUCUGGGACUCUGUUUCUACCAACUCGCUUCAGCAGCGACAGAGGAGCAAUUCGACGAAGAGCUCACUUUGCGACCCCUGCGAGAUGGAAAGCUAGCGGCGCGGUUUUCACUUACGACAUUACUCAAAGGCUCUACACCGCGCAGUCCGGAAAGCCUUGGCCUUGAUGAUGCGUCACAACAUUACACCCUCUUCCCGCUGGCCCUGGGCCAGAUACUACGCGAGUAUGCAGUCACCGAAAUGCAUCUAACCUUGAAUGCCGGUAAGUGGAACUAUGAAGGCUGGGGGUAUCCCGAGGAGGCCGGCGUCGGGACGGGUGGAGAACUAUGGGCAUGGAUGGGAGAUAGUGGUACUGUGACAGUAGACGAGCGCUGGAAAGGACUCCGCAAUGCUCUUGCCGGCCUAUUCUGCGCCUCCUUGGGCGCGCUCGACGAACAGCGGACUACCUCGCCAGCCCUCACGUUCAGACCUGAGGGGCACCUGCCCAAUGGGACUGCUUCCCACCAACUUCGCCACGCGACGCUCCCCUCCGAACACGUCUGCACCGAAAAUCUAACGCCCUUCCUCAAGCUCCUCCCCUGCAAGUCGCUUUCAGGCAUUGCCAGCCUACUCAAUCCCCACCGGCUCUUUGACGCGGACUGGCACGGGCUUGGUGUACACGUUCGCUACCGCAGUGGCAUGGGCGUCGAGGUCCGCCUUGCAUUCCAAGCGGUGUUCGAUCCCGUGCGCUAUUCGACGGAGAGGCGGCGAGACUGGUCGUUCCAUUCUGUGUUUGGCCGUGUCGUGAGGAUGGCGUGCCCAGUGGCGCGUUCUAGUCUAGUCCGAGUACGACUGCCUGAGUCGUCGUACGCGCUUGCACCUGUGCCGACGAAUGUGGUGGGCGACUAUGCUGUGUAUGAUGUGACGAACACAAGCCAGCCCCUGGACGUGGAGCUACGCUGGCCGGAAGAACAUGCGUUCCAGUAUCCCCUCGGGUCCGACCUCAUGCCUCUUACGCCAUUAUCCAUCCGUCGUUCCCUGAAAGGUUCAAGCCAGUACACCGCGCAGCUAGCGAUUGAAUUGAAGAACAAUCUCCCGGUCGAGAUCCAGACGAGCUACCUCGAGACUAUGCCCUGGCUUCUCCAGUUCGAACUGCACACAUUAAAGUUGCACAGCAACGCUGUCCCGCGUGAUGAUCUAGUCGAGAUUGUGACAUACACGCCCUCUGUGCCGCAUGCCCGGCCCUCGCUCCUGCAGGCCGUCCUCACGCUACCGCCCAAGGCCACGUUGCAGCUCACAAUGGACGUCAUGAAGCCGUUUUUGCGCUAUACCGAGCACCCCCCGGAUGCGCAGCGCGGAUGGGACCUACCUCCGGCCGUGUUCCUGCCGUUCUCCUUCGGGGAAGGGAACUAUUCUGUCGCCCACACGCACGACGACAGAGACACAGGCGCGCAUAGGGCAGGCGAUCGAGAGCCCCAGGGAUUGGCGCCCCAUGCACAAGCUCCGGUCGAGGCACGGGCCCAGCGGAUGUACACGCCGGUGCUGCUCGUCGAUCUCGCGACGCCGGACUUCAGUAUGCCGUACAACGUCAUUAUCAUGAGCUGCACGCUCGUCGCGCUCAUCUUCGGGAGCGUGUUGAACCUGCUGACACGUAAACUUGUAAUAGUACGUGUCGGCGACGCGAAGACACAAUGA